AUUUCAGAGAAAACUUGUAGUGUAGAUUUCUGUGAAAAAAAAUAAUCUGAAAUUUCGUAUUUUCUCUCUCCUCUUCUUCUUCCUCGUGCUCGAAUUGCAGAAGCUCGUUCCAGAUCAAUUUUUCAAGUGUUGUCAUCCCCGGGCCCUGGGGGACGCCCCUCCUGCCCUCGCUCAGGGACGGGCCUUAGCUACUCCUCGUCGACGACUGUCGCCUGAAGCCCACGAACCCCUUUGGUUGGUCAAUGCAUAAUGGACUGGUUCUUACUUGUCCUGUCUGCUUUUGUCCUUUGGAUCGCCUCUUUGUGUAUAAUUUAUUUUCCGUCCAAAGUUCAAUACUUCACCACUGGUGACACCCUACACAAGAAGGCUGUAUUACUCGUAAUCGCACAUCCUGAUGAUGAGUCCAUGUUCUUCACUCCGAGUUUAAACCAUCUAACGUCGAGAGGGCAUAAUGUUCAUAUCUUAUGCUUGUCCACUGGUAAUGCAGACAGGAUGGGAAACAUUAGGAAAGAUGAGCUCUACAAGGCUUGUGCUGUCCUAAAGGUUCCCCUGAAGCAAGUGGAAAUCCUCGACCACCCAGAGCUUCAGGAUGGAUUUGGCAAUGUGUGGAACCACACCUUAAUUGCUAAAAUUGUUGAAGAUAGCAUCAGAACUCAUGGCAUUGAUUUGGUAAUUACCUUUGAUAGCUAUGGGGUUUCUGGCCAUUCCAAUCACCGAGAUGUACAUUUUGGUAUAAGAAAGCUUUUACUUGAUCCUCAAUGGAGUAGCUUCGAGGCCUGGCAAUUGGAUAGUACAAGUAUAUUGCGCAAGUAUAGUGGACCACUUGAUAUCUGGGUAUCUAUCUUUAUGGCCUGGUGUCUCCCUGGUACGAAACAGUUCUGUCUACUUAACGAGCAUCCUGCUAAGAGCUUUCAAGCGAUGGCACAACACAUGAGCCAGUGGGUUUGGUUUAGGAAGCUAUUUGUAUGUUUUUCCAGUUACACAUAUGUGAAUACGCUUCUAAGGAUCGAGCUCUGAGGAUAGUAGAUUGCAAUAGAAGAUGUCAAAGCCAACGUGAUCCUCGUGGGGUACAUAGAUAAGAUGUCUAAAUCAUCGUUUGGCAGGCACACGCUGAAAUGCAGCGGCUAUAACUAAGGGUUAGCAAACAAGUUGUGAUUGUGACUUGUGAGGUCGGGUUGGGUAGGGUUUGUGUUCUGUUCGAUUAGUUGAAUUUUGUAAACUCAAAAUAUAUAUGAUAAAUGGGUUGAAAAUUUCAAUUACCCUAACUGAUCCAUUGUUAAACAAGUUUUCGUACAAUUUAUAUACUUAUAAUUUAAUACAUACCUAUGUGUAUAUAGAGUUUCUCGGCAUAAUUAUGUCAUCUCUAUAUAUUAUUUUAUGUAUUCAACAAGAUGACACAUGAAUAAAUGAUUUUAGGGAAAUUAGUUACAUAUGAAUAAAACAGGUCAAAACAGGUAAUUUCGAGUUGAGAAUGUUAGCUCUAAGGGCCUGUUUUCCUUAGCUUAUUUUCAGUUUAGUGCUUCAGUUGCAACUAGUUCGGUUUAGUUUUAGGCACUUCAGUUCAGUUCCUAAUUUAUUUAUUAUUAUUAAUAUUAGUUAUAAUCUAA